AUGGCUCAUAACCCUAUGUAUGGGUCCCCUGGGACCUCUCCCAUCAUUCAUCGGCAAAGUACAAGGGCACCCUCGGCUCCUCGAACAUACGACAUCAUGGACCGUCCGGUCAUGUUAGAAUUUGAACAACAACGUCCUCGCUACUCUGGAACACCAAGCCCUCUGGAACCCUAUGGACCUAAUAUGAUGAGUUCAUCCAUGGGAAGGCUGUCUUACCCUCCAAUUGGACAGCCCAUGCCUCCAGUGCCCGUUUACCCUGAAUGGAAUCGUCCUGCCCGCGAGCCACUGCGGCAGGAUGUUGGACCAAUGAAUGCCCCGGACAGCCCAACAUUCACCGUGGAAAGAAACAGCCGGCGAGCUGCCGAUGUAAACCGAGGAAGCCCCCAGUAUAUUCAGGUUUCCCAGCAGCGGCGAUCAUCUCUCCGUGGUGAUGAAUUUGAUGGCCCCCAUCAGAUUCUGGAUCCACCAUCAUCUAGAGGUCUUCCCACCCGGGAGGAAGAGCUGCCCCAGCUCCCCACUAACCUAGAUGCUGCCGAGCAGGACAGAAUCCUCCACCAAGUCAAUGAUCGUCUCUCACAGUCAGCAUACGAUUUCUUUGCCGCAUAUCAAUUCCCAAUUCCCUUGGAACAAGACAAACGCCCCGUCCAGGUUCCUUCAGACCGGGAAUGGAAUGAGUGGGUACACUUGCUGAAGAGACUUGCUACCCGGCGUCGCAUCCCUCGGCAUGCUCUUCACAAUGGCCAAAUCAAGCAGCUCAUCACUGUCCUUGAAAACUCCCUGGAGAUGCGUCAUGCUGCCAAGCAUAGCUCGCGACCCGUCAAGGAUGAUCGUAAUGUUCUUCAGCUCAUCUCUGCAGGAACACAGGUUGCCAAAAUCUUCAAGGAUUCUAGCGCCAUGCAGUUCUUCGAUCGUCUAUAUGUUGACACGGAGAAACUGAUUAGUGAUCGACGCCGCCGCGUCAGAUUUGCCAAUCCCUGA